AUGGCGAGUUCAUCAUCAAAAUUAGAAAACAUGAAGCCAUUUCUCUUCAAAGCUGGUAUUCCUCUAACUUUAUCUGCGGCUGCUUUUAUAUACGCAAGGAUUGCGGCUAGAAGAGAUGUUCCUAAGGACCCAACUUCAGAAACUCGAGCGAAUUCAAUGGAGGCUGAUUCUCAGUUUGGAUGUGAUGAGAGUUUCUAUAGCCUCAGCUCAUGUUUUCCUUCUGCUGAAUAUAAUUUGGAGGAAGAGAUUUUAGGCCUAAAGCGCCGAAUCGAAGAUCUUCAGAAGAGAGAAUCGGAGUUGGAGAUGCGGUUUAUGAGGUACAGUGAAUUGAAAGAGCAAGAGUCUGUGCUUAUGAAGCUGAUGAACAUGAUGCUAUUGGAGAUGGCUCAAAUUGAGUUAUUGGAUAGGGAGAUUUCCUUAAUGGAGGAUGAAAGCAGAAGGCUUGAGAAGUUCUUUGCGGAUUAUUCAAGACUUUUGGAGCAACUUGAGUAUUGGAAAUCAAAAAGUGGAUUGCUUGAAAGGAAGGUAAAGAAUCUCUUGAGGAGAAAAAGACUGCAAUCAAGUCAUAUACGAGAGAGAGAUUUGAAGAUUCGAGCUGGAGAAGCGGAGCUUUUAAAAACCCGGGAAGCGCUAGAAACGAGGACUAAUGAUGUCGAGAAAUUGGAGGAUGAAAUUGGGGAGCUGAGAAUGGUUUUGGAUCAAAUGCAGGAAGAGAAGAAUGAGCUUUUGAAUAAGCUGGAAUCGGAAGAAAAAUCAGCCUCAUCAUCCUCCAAGAUUGAAGCCAAAGGGAUGACAUCGGAAGACGAAAAUAGGCCUGAAAAUGAAUUAGAGGAGCUAAAGAAGGAUCAAGAAUGGAGUAAUUCAUGCAUAAGGAAUGAGUUUUUGAUGAAUCAAGAACAUCAAAACCGUACUCAGCAGAAGGCUGAAUGGGAAAUAGAUCUCCAAGGAAAUUUUGAACUUGAAAAUCAUGCCUUAGAGCAAGAAUUGGAUGGCAUGACUUUGGAGCACAAUGACCAAGUUUGUUCAAAAAGGAAGAAAUUACUAAAGAGGCUUAGAAGAUGGGUGGAAGGUAGUGAGAAGGAAAAAGGGAAGGUUGAGGAGAGAGAGAGGCAUGAAGUUAAGUGCUUUCGAAGGCAUUCUGUUCCAUAUGAGGCUGAAGAACAUCUACAACUACAAGGAAGAAGGUCUUACUCUAGCGCAUGA